GGCGAAUGCAUGAAGAACAACAAUAAUAUUAAUAAGUCCGCCAUUGCCAAUAAUAAUCGCCGGCAUGGCUCCCAGGGCUGGAACUAAACAUGCGCCGUCUGAGCAUGAGUCGCGGCCAACGGUUUCGGAUUUGCAAGGGGACAACUACUUCGUCCAACUUGCACGUGAAAACUGGCUUGAGGGCUCCAAACCAACCAAGUUGAAGCAAGAUGUGUUGAAAAGCCAGAUUUGGGACAAGCUAGAAGCUGGAGGUUUCCAAUUUAAAGAUCUGCUCAUUCUUGAGAAUCUUCAAUUUCUCGAGAGAUACCUCUGGCCAGGUUUUAACGAAGAUGCAUCGAACUACCACAUUAUCCUCAUAACGUUAAUGGUAAAUGUGAAGACGCGAGAAAGUCUCCCCAUCUGGGAUCAUUUCGCGAACCGUCCUGCCGACUUCUCAUCGCUUUUUCGACGCGUGCUAUCAAUGAUCGUUGAUGACUCGCUUGGUCUGGUAUCGCGGACUUAUCUUCUCUCGUUCAUAAUCAGUUCAUUUCAAUCCUUGGACAGUGGCCUUGUUCGUAAAGAAUGCGCCCCCCUCGUUUCAAUUUCCAUCUGGCACAACCUUUCAAGCGAGUCGGUGAGAGAGGCAAAGUUUGAGCACCAUGGUCAAUUGAGAAAGGCUUGGCGUGCAGCAGCAAAGCGGUAUGAUGCCGCAGAUGAAGUUGGCAAGGCUAGGUUACGGUUUGAACGAUCUUGGCUCUACUCUAUGAUGCUCGAUUUCCUGAACCGCCUUUAUCGGCCCUCGGACAGGCCGCUUGAAAACCUCCUAUAUUGCGAAAGAUUCCUCGAAUUUUUGACCGAUUUAGAAAGCCAGUUACCAACGCGCAGAUAUGUCAACUCUCUUAUAUUAGAUCUGAAUCUACUCCCAGCCAUAAGGCUCUCGCCUCUCUUCAACGAAGAGGAGUAUGGCCUUUUCCGCGACCUUUAUAACCUCCUGCGGCACUUUAUCCACUUUUCGAUAGACGAUCACACCGGUGUUCAGCGGUCGCGAACAGAAUCCUACGAAAUACAUUGUGCUGAUCUGGCAAAACUCCAGCGGACUGCUCUCAAGCACUUUAAAUCAAAGUUGACAAUUCUAGCUUUGUCGAAUUACGCCUCGAUCGAUCAGAGAGGUGAUUUGGAGAGCCACUUAGCUGUUCUUUCAGACGUCGAGCUAGCGGAAUUGUGCAGAUUUCUCAAUCUUCGAACAAAUUAUCCAGCCGGUACCGAUGUUACGGUGGAUAGAACUUUUCUCCUCGAAUUGCUUAUUACAACGCAUGAGCGAAGGCCAACUUUCCAGGAGAUCGCAAAAGAUCUAAGUAUCCUUCCAAGCGAGAGCACCCUAUUCGAACAGACAUUGCUGCGCAAUGAGACUUAUAACGGCUCCCGACCCUUGGCUAUUCCGAAGCUGAAUCUACAAUAUUUGACAGUGGGUGACUUCCUGUUCCGCUCGUUUAUCCUCCAUCGCUGCGAAUCCUUUUUCGAGAUACGCAAAGAUAUGGAGGACGCAGUCAAAAGACUGCAGCCGACAUUGAGUCCACCGGAUGGCAGCACGAGGUUUGGUGGAUUUUCAAAGAUGGCGCUCCCAAUUCCGAAGCCAGCCAUAAUUGAAGUUGUACCUCCCAAAGUUGGCGAGGAGCCUCCAGCAUAUGUUCGGGCGGAGCUUACCCUGGACGUAAGCCGACUAACGGCCGGGAUUCUGCAGGAAUGGGAAUCGUUACGUCCUGAUGAUGUUGUUUUUUUGCUGGCCGUCCAAGCCGUAGACAGUGAGGACAUCGUCAUGAACGGAAAUCCAAGACUAUCAAGCGGAGAUAGACAUGGUAUAGUGCAUCUACGGGCGGCUCAGGUUGUGCAAAUGCUCGAUGAGAAUGGCAAAUCUCUUCACGACCGGCAGGGAGAGUCGAUGAAUGGCUAUUCAUAUCGCGCUCGUCAACGCAGGCUUCUCGUCAAGUUGGACAGCCGGAUGUACAAGGUUGAUCACGAACGAGCGGCAAAUGGGAGACCGGACAUCUACGAAUCCAUUAACCUGCUAGUUCGCCGACGAGGACGGGAAAAUAAUUUCAAGCCGAUUCUGGAGUCUAUUCAAAGCCUCAUUUUAUCGGAUGUACCCAUGCCUUCAUGGUUACAGGAAGUCUUCCUUGGAUAUGGUGAUCCACUCGGAGCUAAUUACAAGCGACUACCCAACCGUUUGAAGUCUCUGGAUUAUAGGGACACGUUCUUGGAUUGGCAGCAUCUAGUGGAGAGCUUCCCUGGCACGACGAUCGAGCCAAGUGGUGACGCACAGUCGAGCUUUGGUCCUCCUUAUGUUUUGGAAAGCCCGGAAGUCGGGCCACGACCGCCGUCUCCGCAGCCCAAAUCCACAAAGAAACGGAGGCGUGAAAAGCCUGACGCUGCUGUUCCUGACAAGGAAAAGUCCCUGAGAAUUUCGACUUAUAAACCACCUAAUACUGGACCGUACCCUAUGGACGCUCCCAAGCUGAACAAGGUGCGAUUCACGCCAGCUCAAGUCGAAGCUAUUGUUUCUGGGACACAACCUGGACUUACAGUGGUUGUUGGUCCUCCCGGAACAGGAAAGACGGAUGUGGCAACACAAAUCAUCAAUAAUAUAUACCAAAAUUUCCCCGAACAGCGCACACUCCUCAUAGCACACAGUAACCAAGCUCUCAACCAAUUAUUCCAAAAGAUCAUGGCGCUGGACAUUGACGAGCGUCAUCUUCUCCGUUUGGGCCACGGUGAGGAGGAGCUCGAAACUACAGCAAGCUAUAGCAAGCAUGGCCGUGUCGAGUCCUUUUUGGAAAACCGUGCAACAUUUCUUGCGGAAGUCGAUCGAUUGGCUGCCAAUUUUGGAGCCCCGGGUGCUCAUGGUAAUUCAUGUGAGACGGCAAGUUACUUCAACUCGGUGUAUGUCAAGCCAGCGUGGAUGAAGUACCAGGACGUCCUACAGUCAGGUACCUCAACCGUCUCGGAAUUAGAAACGGCCUUUCCGUUUGCGCACUAUUUCUCGAAUGCGCCACAACCAUUAUUUCCUCCUGAUGCUUCAAAGGAUCAAAUACUAGACAUUAUUCACGGCUGCUACAGGCAUGUCCAGAAGAUCUUCUCAGAGUUAGAGGAUAUUCGCCCUUUUGAAAUUCUCCGCACCUCAAGAGAUAGGGCAAACUAUCUGCUUGUCAAGGAAGCACGCAUUAUUGCGAUGACCUCCACACAUGCUGCCAUGCGUCGGCAUGAGAUCGCAACAUCAGGCUUUCACUACGACAAUGUGGUUAUGGAGGAAGCGGCUCAAAUUACCGAAAUCGAAAAUUUUAUCCCCUUGGCCCUUCAGAAUCCCAGAGAUGGCAAGUUGCCGCUGCAGCGCGUAGUCCUCUGCGGUGAUCAUUUACAGAAUUCUCCGGUUGUACAGAACCUCGCUUUCCGUCAAUAUGCGAACUUGGAACAGAGCCUGUUCCUCCGUUUAGUUCGACUCGGUGUUCCAACGAUAGAUCUUGAUCGGCAAGGCAGAGCUCGGCCAAGCAUCGCUGAACUCUACAGAUGGAGGUAUAAGCAGCUCGGUGAUCUUCCAGCGGUUGAGGAGCAACCUGAGUUCCGCCUUGCAAACGCCGGAUUUCGGUACGACUUUCAAUUCAUCAACGUCACAGACUACAAGGGCAAAGGUGAAAUGGAGCCGACACCCCAUUUCAUACAAAAUCUUGGCGAAGCAGAGUAUGCUGUCGCAAUCUAUUCUUACAUGCGGCUGCUUGGAUAUCCUGCUUCCAAAAUCUCUAUUUUGACAACAUAUGCGGGCCAAAGGGCGCUGAUCAAGGAUGUGUUGAACCACCGCUGCGCAAAAAACCGGCUGUUUGGCUUACCACGGAUCGUGACUACAGUAGACAAGUACCAGGGAGAGCAAAAUGACUAUGUUAUCCUUUCACUUACUCGUACGAACCGCGUGGGAUACCUUCGAGAUAUCCGUCGGUUGACAGUGGCCCUCUCCCGUGCAAGGCUCGGUCUGUAUGUUCUCGGUCGGCGGGAAGUGUUUGAGUCUUGCUAUGAGCUCAAGGAGGCCUUUGGUGUACUCUUGCAACGGCCCGACAAGCUCCAACUCGUGCCUGGGGAGAUGUUCCCGACACAGCGGUCGGUCAAUGAUGAGCCCGAGGGAGCAGAAAUGGAAGGAGUUGAACAUCUUGGUCAAUACGUCUACGACAUCACCCAAGCCAAAUUGGCAGCUUUAAGUGGUGAACAAGAUGGCACGCAGCCAUCUAAAACAUUACCAGCUCCAGCUGGAGAUGCAGAAGUCAUGGAGGUCGAUAAUGAUCUCGAAGACAAUCGUCCAGAGGAGCCCGAGGCGGCUGAAGAGCUGUGAUUUGCUAUCCGAAAACGUCAAAACACAAAAGCAUGUAUGUAUUGGCGACUUUGUUUCCCUGAUCUCAUUUCUUUUCAAACUUGCACGGUAACGGGUGGCGUGGGUCAAUUUUCAUGAGCUCUAUAUAUAGAUUUAUGCUGCACGCCUGGAAUAAGCGAUUUGGAAUUGGUAUAAAAAUCGAUAUGGUAAAGUUUCUAUCAUGAAUUUAAAACAGCCCGC